UAAAUAUCAAUCCCAUGGAUACCCAUUACACAGGAGCGAGCAGACUUGUCUACCAACUCAACAACCUACAAAACUGAAUUCCAGUUUCCAUAAUCAUGAAUUGCAUCCUUGCCUUCUUAAUCUUCAGUGGCGUGAUUGCUACGGGCAGCGCCAAGAGCUGCUACACAUGCAAAGUCCUCGGUGAAGGAAACAAUGACUGUCCGGGUGAUCUGCAGGAGUGUCCAAAUGAAGAUGAUUUUUGUGUAAAUCAAAGAGAAUCCAGCAGGAUAGUUACUCCUUCAGGCAUUGAUAACAAAGUUACAAUCAAAAAAGGAUGCAUGCCUAUCGCUAACAAGAAUGUUUGCCAACAACAACCAAUAGCACUAGAUUGCAAUGAGAUGACGUUUUCCCUGUACUCUGAAUGCUGCUUUGAAGAUGAAUGUAAUUUGAAAGGGCUCCAAAUCCCGGCAGACAACACAACCAAGAAUGGUCUUGAAUGCCCAACCUGCUUUGUGGAGGAGAAGGAAGCGUGCCCAAAAGCCGAACCGAAAAAAUGUACCGGCAAUGCAAACAUAUGCUUGGACUUCACAGGCCAUGUACAACGCCCAGAUGACGCAAAUAAAUUAUAUGCAUUUCAAGGUUGUGCCGAUGAAAAUAUAUGCAAGAUUAACCUUAAAGAUUUGCCCGGAUGUGAGGUUGGUGACGAUGCCAAGCUUACCUGCACCCAAAAGGAGAACGUUUGAUGGAUUGCAGAGUUAACAAAGCUGUCUAGUUAUUUAGUUAUAUGCUUUACAUUGAUCCUGCCCAGCAUGCUGGAGAUCACCGCCUCCUCUCGCCUUCUUGUUUUCUGUCUGCUGCAGGUUGCAUUGCGGAGCAACAUCCCACCACCAAUGUAGUAGUGCUGAGGCCAUGUGAUACCAUGUCUUUGAAGUCCCAGUCCUCUAUGUGGCCUAAUGUUUGUGAGGGUAGGUAGCCCGCUCAUGGGUUUCUAGUCCCAGGUACACUGGGCAAUUCCUUAGAAGACAACAGGUUGAGCAAUGAGUAACCAAUGCAAGCGGGGCGGCAGAACCAGCAAGCUGGACAUUUAUUACGCUUUACUAAUCUGCCUUAAAGUGCUUGUAAACCUCAGACA